GCCAGUUCGAGUUAUGCUCACGUUUACGAUGAUCUGGCGCCUCCAACGCCUGCAGCUCCUCAUCCAACUGUUCCCCGUGGUUAUAGCUGUGUCUGCCCAACCGCCCCAGUUUCCACGAGCGCAGUCGUGACGAAAAAGAAGCAACGAACGACUGUCCCCACUGUUAUCCAGCCGUUCACAUAUACCUCGGGUGCCCUCGAGAGAGCGAUUGGCAUGGGUACAGCUGUAACGACUGCACCAGAUCCAACGCGUACUCUAUAUCCCCACAUCUUUCACAACUAUGGAGGAAGAAUCACCUACGCAUCAGGUUGCCCUACUAGUGCCACUGUUGUCGAGUUUCCGAUGUGGAGUAACCCUGCCCAACCAGGAGCAGACACGAAUCGCGUGUUGUAUGGCUAUAACAAUUUUGAGUUCUGUGGUUGCAUUACCCACCUUGGGGCUGCCAACCCAGGUGGAUUUAUUCAGUGUCGAUACCCAGUCCCAGUCGUCGCCCAGGCAGACGAAGAGAAUGAUGAUCAGGUGGAUAAUGGAGGCUAUGUCGACCAAAAUCAGGUUCCGUUAAUUGUAUGAGCUUUUAGGUUUUGCUGUACGGUGUAUGAUAUUUUGGUGUGAACGGUAACCAAUUCCGAUCU